UAGACAAAAGUCCGGUCAAAAUCGGUUCAGCCAGUGGGUAAGACCAGUAUAAACAGGCGGACGGAAAUUGUAUUUGUUUUUCUUUUUAUGUACCGUAUAUAUUCAUAUGCGUGUAGUAAAAAACUUAGUAUCGUAGAGUGGAGUGUCUGUUUGUUUAUUCAAAUAUAUAAUGUUGUUGAUCUGUGUAGAAUCUGUAUUCUGUGGGAAUUUUUGACAUAUUGGAAUUGAUUUUUGACUGUUUGUUUAUCGGCAAAAUUUAUGUUUACAAUUUUAUAUUCCUAAGAGAAUUGACUAAUAGCGUACUGAAUUUCUAGCUUCUAGCUAACUUCAUCAUAAGAUAUUUUUCUCCAACGUUUAAUAUACUGUCAUAUCACAGAUAUUAGUUAUUUAUUUAUCUGAAAUUCAGCACCUUUCUUUUCCCUACGUAAAGCUCUGACUAUUGACUAGUUUAAAAGCAAAAUAUAAAUUAUUUUAUUGCUAAUCUGUUGAUGACAUAUGUGAGUAAAAAAUAAUUGUUUCAAGGAGAUAAAAUGAAGGGUUCCGAUCAUCAAUAUAAUAGUUCUCACUUUUCAAUCGGUCUUACCCUUGCUAUCGCGUCUAGUGUAUUUAUUGGAUCUAGUUUCAUAAUAAAAAAAGUUGCUCUAAAGAAACUCCAACUGUCUGGAAAUGUUAGGGCCUCUGCUGGUGGUUUUGCAUACUUAAGACAAUGGCUGUGGUGGCUUGGUUUAUUAACAAUGGGUAUUGGUGAAGCUGCCAAUCUACUUGCCUAUGCAUUUGCUCCAGCUGCUUUGGUGACUCCGCUUGGGGCUCUAAGUGUACUUGUUGCAGCAAUCCUAUCUUCAAAGUUCCUUAAUGAGAAACUGAACUUCAUUGGAAAAAUUGCAUGCUUGUUGUGUAUCAUUGGAUCCAUAGUCUUCGUGAUACAUUCACCAAAGUCAGAAGAAAUUGAUUCAUUCAGUAUGUUGGUUGAUAAGCUGUUUGACUAUUCAUUUGUAUCAUAUGUAGGAUCAAUAUGUGUUAUGAGUUUAAUAAUUAAAUUUGUAUUUGUUCCUCGUUUUGGUAACACAAACAUUACUAUUUAUUUGUUACUAUGCUCAUCUAUAGGUAGUUUGACAGUUGUGUCUUGUAAAGGUGUUGCUUUAGGUGUAAGGGAAAGUAUUUCAGGAGAAGUUAACAAUUUUUCUCAUUAUAUGUUCUGGUUGUUGUUUUUAACAGCUGUGGGAUGUAUUAUGGUUCAAAUGAACUAUUUGAACAAGUCUCUGGACAUAUUUAACACUAGUAUUGUGACCCCAGUGUACUAUGUCAUGUUUACAAUACUAGUCAUUGUAGCAUCAGGUAUUCUAUUCAAGGAAUGGGAUCACAUGAGCCUUCCAGACAUUAUAGGAUGUCUGUGUGGUUUUCUUAUUGUUAUUAUAGCAGUAUUUAUGUUAAAUGCAUUUAAAGAUUUUCAAAUAUCAUUUAAGGACUUAAAUCUAGACACUCGUCAGAGAAGAUUAAAUCAGAGUGUUGAAGGAAGAGAUUCCUUACAUAAUAAUGAUAAUACCUAUGCACUAAAUGCAUAUGCAAGACAAUUAUAGUAUGAGUUUUCUCUUCACUAUAUUACAUAAGAAGAGAAGUUGAUAAAAGUACUUUCAUACUUAUUAGAAAUACGCCUCAACACAUUUGUUAGUGUAAUAAGCACAAAUAAAAGUACAUUUUUAUCUUGUGUCAUAAUAUUUUUAUGA